AAUUUCACACUAACUAUUGAGUUCAGGUGUGUGAUCUUUCAUUUUGUGGCUUCAUUGUGUUUGGUUUGCCUUUUGCUUGGUAGUUGUUGUGUCCUGCUGCUGCCGCCAUUAACGUCAACGUUUUAUCUGCACUUUUGGUCCUGCUCUCUGCAUCCUGAGGUCGCAUCGCAAAGCUCGCAAGCCCGAACGUGACAAAAAUGCCCACAGGAUCUCUUCAUGGUUCUAAGACCCCAACUGUACCCCACCCCACCCCCACUGAGGGUUCUGUAAAUACUUGUAUAAAGUCCAGCAGCAACACCCACAAACACACAACCACACCAACACACAAACCCACACUGGCUGCAGAUCCCAAGUCGUCAUUCUUCAGUGAUGCCUCAUCGUCUCCACACGGGUUGACUCACACGCCGGGUCCUCUUUAAAAAGCCGCUGCAGCUCCGAGUCGAGACUACAGUCUCACUCUACUACUACCGGACUUGACUGGGUGUGGGUAUUUUUUCGGGGGGGGUCUAACUUCAAGAAUGGGGCACACCACACUCGUGCUGCUUGCGGUGCUCUUAUACAUUGGCUCCCUCUUCUGUACGGUGGUGCAGUGGGCGGAACUGAACGAAGCAAAGGCCUAUUUGAAGGAGUACGGAUACCUGAAUGAGCCCACGGACCCCCAGGACCCAAACCACCUGGAGGAGGUCAUUGAAGCUCUCAGGGUCUUCCAAAGGGUGAAUGAUCUUCCCUCUAGUGGAGAGUUGGAUGAAGCCACCUUGGAGAUGAUGAGGAAGCCCCGCUGUGGCUUGGAGGACAACUUCAACAAGAAGCACCACAAAUACAGAGUGAUUGGUCGCUGGAGAAAGAAGACUCUGACCUACCGCAUAUACAACUACACACCUGACAUGAAGAAGACGCAGGUGAAAACAGCCAUCCAUGAGGCCUUCAAGUACUGGAGUGAUGUGACCGAUUUGACCUUCAGAGAGGUCGACUACGGCAGGGGGGACAUCAGGAUCUCCUUUCAUAAACGAGACGGCUCCUGUCCCGUCCCUUUUGAUGGCCGCGGUCGGGUAUUGGCCCACGCGGAAGCACCGGAAGUCGGAAUAGUCCAUUUCGAUGACGAUGAGUGGUGGACGGAGGGGUCGUACUACGGCUCUAAUUUACGUAUCGUGGCAGCUCAUGAAAUCGGCCACGCUCUCGGGCUGGGUCAUUCCCAGUUUAGAAGUGCGCUGAUGGCUCCGGUUUAUAUUGGUUACCGUGGCAACUUCAAGCUGCAUUUUGAUGACGUGCACGGCAUCCAGGCACUAUAUGGCACACACACCACCAGCAGUACUCCAUCCGGUCCAACAACAGCAGAUACCGUAUUUCCUACUGAAGGAAGCGGUAGCACCAACAGCCCCCCCGACCCGUGCACCGCCAUGCUGGAUGCUAUCAUGCUAGGUCCUUGGAAGAAAACGUUUGCUUUCAGUGGAAACUACAUGUGGACCAUCACCGACUUUGGACACAACACACCAAUGAAGAUAAACACGCUGUGGAGAGAGCUCCCCGGGAACUUGAACGCAGCAGUGCACUCUCCAAGAACCAAUAAGACUUACUUUCUUAAAGGUGAUAAAGUGUGGAGGUACACUGGAUUUGUGUUGGAUUAUGGCUACCCUAAGAAGGUGCAGCGUAUUCCUCCAAAUAUUGAUGCAGCUUUGUAUUUGGAGAAGAACAAGAAGCUCAUCUUCAUUAAGGGAUCGAACUUCUGGCAGUGGGAUGAACUGAAGUACAACAUAUUAGCUCACCAGCCAAGACCGCUCUUCAUGCUCUUCACUGGGGUGCCGUCCAGCCCGGACGCAGCCUUCACUUGGACUAACGGGAAGGUGUUCUUCUUCAGGGGAGAUGACUACUGGCGCGUCAAUGAGCUGCUGGCUGUGGACAGAGGAUACCCGCUUAGUAAGAAAGAGCGCUGGAUGCGAUGCUAAGGAAUGGCCACAAGGGGGCAGCAGAUAACAGAGGGCGAUGGCUGCAGUUGGAUUGUCCUUCAAUUGACACAAACCUGCAGCUCAUUGGGAUGUUUUGUGAUGAUUAUGUAAGGUUUUGAAUGAUCUCAUGGAGAAAUUUAUGUGAGGAGUUUGUUUUUUUUUAUCUCAAACAUAUGUGUUGCAUUACGAGUCUUGAUGCUUAAAGGAGCACGUAACCCGAUCAUGGGAGUAUGCUCUUUUUGCUGGUUUGAUCUGCACUUCUAUUGUGCAAUUAUUCCCACUAUGUCGCUACAAAACAGCACACACUGUAUUUCUAUGUGCUGAUAUUUUGCACAAUUAAAUAAAAAGCAAUGCCAGCAGCAAA